AUGGAAAAUGCACCCACUCCACAGCAGCUAAAACAGUUACAAUACCAUAAAAACGACACGGAUUCAAUCGAUGAUAAUGUGAUACAAGAUUUCAAGUCAUUUCAUUGUCAUGACACUUACAACAACUAUACGUUCCAAGUGGCUCGAAGACAGGGCACCACAUUUAUCAACCCCUCCGCCAGAAACGACUCUCUCGUCGAGCUCAAGGUUGGCGUGCUGCUGCCAUUCCAUCAAAACAACAAUGGCUGGACAAGAGUCAUGACGGUGAGUGGUAUCUCUGCGAUUCGGUUAGCCGUCGCUGAAAUCAACGCACAAAACCUGAUACCCGGUGCUUAUAUCACACUUGUGGAGAAAGAUUCAUACCCAAAAGCAGUUGAAGGACAAGCAGCCAUCACGCAAGCUGUGUUUUCUGCUAUAUCACUGAUUCAAGAAGGCGUCAUUGGAGUCAUUGGUGAUAUAUCGUCUUCAUGGACAUCUCUGUCAGCGCUCAUGACCAGUACAUUGCAAAUACCGCAAUGCUCAUAUUCUGCUAUUGCAACAUCCCUGUCAGAUAAAUCGCAAUUUGGCUACUUCUUCAGAACUGCUCCUACCAACCUGCUUUACUCGGAUGCUGCAAUCACAUUCAUCAUCAGUCAAGGGUGGCCUCAACUCGGUGUGCUGUAUUCAAAUGACGAUUUUGGCCAGCAAUUAUCUGAGAACGUCGUUAUGAAGGCUCGCAUUCAUGGCAUACAUGUCAAAUCUUAUCAAUCGUUUUACGAAGAUGGACCCAAGAGCGAUAUCAAGAAAUCACUAGACACCUUUGCUGCUACGGGAGUGCGAGUGAUAUUCGUUGCAGCAGAGGGAACAGCACAGCUGGCAGCAUUGACUGUUGCGGCACACAGUGGUUACAUCAACGACAAUACAGUGUGGAUCACCAUCGAUGCUGACACCAACACACUAUUUGCAGCCGUCAACGAUUAUAACUCUAUUUUGGCUAGAAGAGAGAACAAUACUGAUAUUGUGCCGUCUAUCUAUCAAACCGCAUUCGUGAACGAGCUAUCAGCAAACUCGACCAAAGCCAAUCGAGCAUUGAAAAAACAAUCUCUGAUCGACCUGAUUGAUCCAGUGGAAUACGCUGCUCGAACAACGGAUAAUCUCAAACCUAUUGAUUUCAAUGCGACAUUUUCAGGUGGUGUAUUUACAUUUGAUAUCCUCAAAGAACUGCCAGGAUAUCCUCCUUUUGAUACUUUUUUGGAUAAAUGGUCUCAUUUAGACCCUGCCAUCUAUCCUUACGGAGGACAAAACAAUAUCAGCAGCAAUGAAGGUUUAGCUUAUUCGUGCAUGAUGGUCAUGGCGAGCGGAUUCAAUCAGACUAUUUACAACACAUCUCUGCAUUCUUCCAACAAGACCGACAUAUUGCAGAAGCUAGCCACAGGUCAAUUGGGCCAAUACUUGACACCAUCCACCUUCAACACAUCAUUUGUGGGUCCAGAGGGGCCAGUUGUAUUUGACCAAAACGGAGACAUCUCUUCUGGGAACUUUAAGCUGUAUAAUAUUCAAAAUGGCUCACAAAUUGAAAUUGGCAGAGUCAUCGCUGGGCAAAUGAACUUGACAUCCCUGCCUGUGUAUCACGAUGGCACGACAAAGGCACCUACAGGUGUUCCUGACAGAUUGUAUCUGAAUCCCGGUUACAACUCUCCUGUAACAAUUACCUUGCUUGUGAUAGCUUCUUUAGGAGCGUUUAUUGCAUUACUAAGUAUGGUAGUUGUGCUUGUAUAUAGGAAACAAGAAGUUUUUAAAGCCUCCAGUCCUUUGUUUUGCGUCCUCGAGUUGAUUGGGUUUCUGUUGGCUUAUAUUUCACUCUUCUUUUUUGUUGGCUAUCGAACACCACUCAAUUGUACUUUGAUUCCAAUCACGUUUCAUUUGGGCUACUCGCUCAUAUUAGGGAACCUGAUCGCUAAAAACUACCGCAUAUACCGCAUCUUCAACAACAUCUUUAUCACUCGAACAGUGGUGACAGACGUUCAGCUGCUCAAGGUGUCUGGCUCCAUCUUUGCUACUACAUGUAUUAUCCUGAUUGCCUGGUUUGCGUCUGGCAAAGUCUCCACAGUCAAUGUGCCUGUGUCCAAGAGUGCAUACUACACCGAUUGUGCAUUUGAAGGAGGCCCUGGACAUACUGUGUUUGUAUCUCUGCUGACGUUAUUUGGCUCAUUUCAGCUCAUAUUUGCGACCUUUUUGGCCUUCAAAACAAGUUCUGUGGGGCGAAACUAUUCGAAAUACAGCGAAUACAAGCAAAUUGGCCUGUCCGUUUACAACAUAUUCUUUUCAGUGCUGAUUGGAUUCAUCAUCUUCUUUGUGCCCACAACAGACUACUACACUCGACACUAUCUGACAGCGACGAUGAUUGUGUGGGCAACCACGUUCUCUCUGCUGACACUGUUCGUGCCCAAACUGCACGCCUUCUUCUUUCCCGACAAGGAUGAUACCUCUAGCCGUAUCGGCAAAACGUCAGAGCUAAGCGGAAGACAGCGUAACAGAAACAACGCCAUUGGCAUUGUCGACGACAAGUCGGCAUCAAGCGAUACACCUUCAGCAAGGUUUGAGUUUGACUCGUAUCAGGACGCUGAUCUCGUGAGCCUAAAUUACAUGGUCAACAACUCGUUGCAUCCGCUCAAUGAUUCCAAGGUGAAAUUGAACAACAUAUCCAGAAAAGGGCGAAUGCACGGUAUCAUGAUGGAGGUGCACGAGACCGAGGUUCCUGUCCAACAGGUGUUCAAGUACUUUCCAUAUCUGGCAGCAUGGGAGAUGAUGUCUGUUGUGCUAAUGCCUGGUAUAUCUUACUUUAGUUUCUUCUCGGAAAAAUCAAGCAAAGGAAAGGUGUUUGCUUACUCUGGCUCAUCCAUUGAGCGCUCCAGACCUAAUGAGUACAUUUUGAAAAUCCACGGUAUCGGCAUGUCCAAUGUACUGAUGCAGGUAGAAUCAGAAAAAGAACUGGUCAAGUGGAAUGAUUGGUUUAAUACUCGUGUUCAAUCCUCUCCUCCUACCAUCCACUCGUCGAUAUCAAGAACUCCAAGUAAACAUGAGGGAGAUAACUAUUUAGACGCAUCGCUGCAAUCUGCUACAUUGGAGCGACUAAAGGAUGGUGAGGGAAGCACAAAGAAAUCAGCAAAGCGGUUGACUAGACAAUCUCGUUUGGAUUCAGGCAUCACAACACAUCAUCUGCUGGCUGGCGAGGAAGAGGAUGAAUAUGACCAAGACGAGGAUGUAGAUCGAAGGGGCAGCGAAAUGACAGACGAAACACUAGAUAGCUGCUAUUUCCAGCCUGUAUUGUCCAAUGCAGAAUAUGGCAUCAGUCAAAUUAUAGCUGCUCGGGAAGCACAAGCACACCAACAGCAAGCCAUGGCCAAUACAGAUCAGGAACAUCAUGCCUCUGAAAGAUCUUCGUUUUACUCUUCUUUUGUAGAUUACUUCCCUCGUCCGACAAUGGCAAACACAGAUUCAGAGACUACAGUGGUUGCGUCUGAGAAUACUACAAAAGACAUGUAG